ACAGGCGGCGAUGAAAACAAAACGACGCUCACAAAUCACCCAUAAUUAUUCGUUCAUGCAACACAAGUUGUCUGAAUUUAGACCAAGAUUACAAUUUAAGUAAAUUAGGAAAACUAGACAGAUCGAACCGUGAGUUAACAUCUUACGAUAUAUGACACCAACAUAUUAGCUUACCGCUAGCUGCUAGCAAGCAAACUAGCUUAGCUGCUGCAGACGACACGGCUUAGGCUUUAGCGACAACUUAAAAGGAAAAAAACAAUGUCGGACGAUUAUGAAUUCAGCGAAGAUCCGACCAUGAUGCGAAUGGAAGAGGACGGGGAAGCGACCAGUGAUGACCCGAUGUCUGCGGCCGGAGACUGUGGCCUGAUGGGGGGCGAGGCCGAAGGGUCCAAAAUAGACGCCAGUAAAAACGAGGAGGAUGAGGGGAAGAUGUUUGUUGGAGGGCUCAGCUGGGACACGACCAAGAAGGACCUGAAGGAUUACUUUUCCAAGUACGGAGAUGUUGUAGACUGCACCCUGAAACUGGACCCCAUGACCGGCCGCUCACGGGGCUUCGGCUUCGUGCUCUUCAAAGAACCUGAAAGUGUAGACAAGGUUGUCACACACAAGGAACAUAAACUCAACGGAAAGGUCAUUGACCCCAAAAAAGCCAAAGCCAUGAAGAACAAAGAGCCUGUGAAGAAGAUCUUCGUCGGUGGUCUGUCUCCAGACACUCCUGAGGAGAAAGUCCGAGAGUACUUCAGUACCUUUGGAGAGUUGGAGUCAGUUGAACUUCCCAUGGAGAACAAAACCAACAAAAGAAGAGGCUUCUGCUUCAUCACAUUCAAAGAGGAGGAACCAGUUAAAGGGAUCAUGGAGAAAAAGUACCACAACAUUGGACUAAGCAAGUGUGAAAUAAAAGUGGCCAUGUCCAAGGAGCAGUACCAGCAGCAGCAGUACUGGGGAGGGAGAGGCGGAUACUCGUCCAGGUCGCGAGGAAGAGGCGGCGGUCCCAAUCAGAACUGGAACCAGGGCUACGGCAACUACUGGAAUCAAGACUACGGCAACUACGGCAACUAUGGCAACUACGGCUACGGUAACCAAGGAUACGGAGGCUACGGCAGCUACGGCGGCUACGACUACCCCGGUUACAACAACUACUACGGAUACGGCGACUACAACAACGUUGUGCCACGCGUGUAGAUCAAUCCGGCGGAUACGGCAAGUCGCCGCGGCGGGGCGCUCACGCCAACAGCUACAAGCCGUAUUAACGGAGGACAAGCGCUCGUCUUCAAGUAGGUACGUGGAGACGGAACUACGGCCUCCUGCUUUGAAUUGAACCUAGUUACAUUUACUUUGCUGUUUGGUAACGUUAUGUUUCAUUUUUUUCUCUUGUAAAUUCCUUUUUCUCAGCACCGUCACGUGCUUUUCAGUAGUGGUAACAUAGAGGCCGCACACUUGUGCCGAUUAUUUUAACAGCCGGCCUUCUGCUGCCUCUUUUUGCACCUUCUUUCUUUUUGUUUUCCUUCUCUUUUUUUAACUGUAACGUUAACAGGUAAAGUACUACUACAGUAAAUGGAUGUUCAAGGAAACAGAAAAGGAAGUAUGUUGUCUCCUAACUCUGACAUACCUUGUUUGUACCUGCCAGCGGAGCUUCCUUGCAGGCCAUGAGCUGACUCCCAGAUACUCUCAGGGCCGCUCAAUGCGGACCGGGUACGAGAAGCAUACGCUCUCGAAUGCUGCCAUUUGGUAUGGUCUUCCAACAUCCUGUAUCCGCAUUUCUAAACUAAACAAUAUGGGACACGUCCAGCUUUGUCAUCCUUCUUUCCAUUUUUUAAUUUCUUUGCAACUGUUUGUAAUGUAAAACCUUAAACUAUACACAUGUAAUUGUCGUUUUUUACAGGCCCUUCGCCCACAAGUAAUGAUUAUACACAUGAGAAAAUAACUAUUUGCUUUUCAAAGGAUACGUACAGCAUUCUCUGGACUUUCCAGUUCCCAUUGUUAACAUAUGCAUUCCUAAUCGUAUCUAAAUGCUUGUUCUUUAUUGAUCUCUUGUAGCCAGUAGUCCAUGAGCUAAAACCUGGUGGUAUUUGGACGAGCCUGUGUUUGGGGGAGAUAAAGUGCUUUACUUUGUCUACAUGUACUGCUCUGUUUUGUGUUACUCGCAGCGAUGGGAAAGACUCCUCCUUUUGUUAAUCCUCCUGUAACACAUUUUCCUCUUAUAACCUUUUGUAAAUCAAGAAGUUUCCAGAAAAUUUGCAUGUAAUGCUUUCUGUAAUGUGUACUUUUUUUGACCAAUCAAAGGUUUUUCUUCCAUUUAGUAUUUUGACACUUCAGGAUUUCUAGCUUAUGGACUAACUUUUUAAAAUGUAAAAUUAAUUCUUCUCAGUUUGUUUUUUUCACAUUGGACAUUUUAAACACGGGGGACUCCUGUUUGUUUUUGAGUUGACGAGGUCUUCGUCCCCGUCCAGCUGAUCCGGGUCUGUUUUGUUCUUUGCAGGUUUCACAGCGAUGAGAAAACGCCGCGGAGCGAUGGAGUGAUGGAGUGAUGGAGCGAUGGAGUGAUGGAGCGAUGGAGUGAUGGAGCGAUGGAGUGAUGGAUGAUGGAGCGAUGGAGUGAUGGAGUGAUGGAGCGAUGGAGCGAUGCCCGGAGAGGAGACGCUGAUGGUGCAAAGAUCACUGAGCUGAUCGUAAGAAAAUGAUGAAGAGCGCUACGACCUGCAGUACAUUUCCUCUACGUUUACCGGAGUACUCGUGUUGUAUCUUGUAUCCUGUGUUUUGCGUUUAUUUAGAUUGCUGCAAAGUUUUAACAGUUUGUGUUUCUCAUCCCUUCUGGUUUUGUUUUUUAAUUUAAUGUUCUCGAAUUUGCUUCAUCAGUUGGAAAAUAUCCCAUGUAUUUAUAUAAUAUAUAUGUAUUUAUAUAAUAUAUAUAUAUAUAUAUAAUAUAUAAUAUAUAUAUAUAAUUAUAUAUGAAAUGUUAGCAAAAAAUCCAUACGAAAGCGUUGUUACAUUUUACUCUUUAUUGUCAGUCAUAUAAUACACAUAAUUACAGUCACAAACACAGUAUAUAUGUAAAUAUAUACAUAUAUACAGAUGCAGGUAAUUGGACAUCAAGAAAUGCAAUGUAAUAAAAAUAAACGUUUGGAUUUUGUGAUCCUUUUGUGAUAUGUGAAUAUUAGAUCACAUGUUAGUGGAGUGUUCAAGGAAGUAUUUCAGCCAAGUUUCUAACAAUUUCCAUCCUCAUCUUCACCUUUUAUCGCAGCCUAAUCAAUAAGCUUGCAGUUGUUACAAAAUCACACACCCUUUGGAUUUAAAUAAAUAUUUUGCUCUGAAA